AAUGCACACGCAAUUAAACAGUUUGAUUUCCAAGCCAACUUGCUAGCUGACAAGUAGGGCAUGGAUUCUAUCAUUAGUAGCAAGUCAUAAGAAGGACAACUUUGUAAACGCUGAAAUACAGGGUUCCUUCCUGGAAAUGCCCAAACAAACAACCUGGUAGAAUUGAGCAAUCAGAAUUCUCUCAUCUAUGCACCGAGAAUAUCCAAUGAGAGACAACUAGAAGAUAUUGGAUGAAGCCAAUGUUAAGCAAAGAGAAAUAGUUCGUGGCAGGAAAAGAAGUAAAAUGCAUUCACCAUGCAUUAGAGAGGCCUCAGAAGUCUGUUCUCAUGGUUGCUGUCCAACUCCUUUUCUUGGCUUUCCUCAACCUCAAACUGCAACAUCCGCAACCACAGCUGCUUCGUCCCGCUAUGACUUUGAAGUAGCUAUGACCUCUUCUAUAUAUCCAAAUUCUCAAUUCACUAAUCAUGAAUCUCUUCCCUCAUUAGAUGAAUCAUUUUCCAAUUUCACCAAAGCAUUUCCACAGUAUGCCCUGACUGAUCUGGCUGACAAAAUCCGAGCACAGGAAUACUACCAUCUAUCUCUGUCAAAUCAUGUUUGUCUUGAUUAUAUUGGUCAUGGCCUCUUCUCCUACUCCCAACAAGCGAGUCAUUAUCAGGCUUCUCCAAUUGCAUCAACAUCAACUUCUCCUCCUCCUUCAACAUCGCAUUCCACUGCUUUGGAACCACCUUUUUUUGAUAUUUUCAACAGAUCGGUGACCUUAAACUCUCAAUUACAGUAUGGUGGACCUGAAUCAGACAUGGAAAACAAGAUAAGAAGACGAAUUAUAGCCUUCAUGAAUAUCUCUGAAGAUGAAUAUACUGUGGUUUUCACUGCCAACCAAACAUCUGCAUUCAAACUUCUUGCUGACGCUUAUCCAUUCCAAUCCCAUAGAAAACUUCUUACAAUGUAUGACAACGAAAGCGAGGCAGUUAAAGUGAUGAUUGAGAGCUCCAAGCAGAAAGGAGGACAGGUCUUUUCAGCUGACUUCUCGUGGCCUUCCCUGAGAAUUCAAUCAGGAAAAUUAAAGAAGAAAGUGGUAAGUAAGAGAAAGACGGAGAGAAAGAAGAAGAGGGGAUUAUUUGUUUUCCCACUUCAGUCAAGGAUGACAGGGACUAGGUAUUCAUAUUUCUGGAUGAGCAUGGCUCAGGAGAAUGGGUGGCAUAUCUUGCUUGAUGCUUGUGCAUUGGGACCUAAGGAGAUGGAAACUCUUGGACUCUCCCUCUUCAAGCCUGAUUUUCUUAUAUGCUCCUUUUUCAAGGUAUUUGGAGAGAACCCAUCAGGUUUUGGAUGUCUAUUUGUUAAAAAGUCAAGUGCUUCAGUCUUAAUGAAUUCAACUACAGCUGCAAGCAUAGGUAUAGUGAGGCUUGUCCCAGCUAUAGGACCAUCUCAGUUCUCUGAAGAGUCAUUUGUGGCCGAUGUAGAAAUUGAGCCUAAGGAAAAUCUCGAGUUACAUAAUGACAAAAUUUUGCAAGGCAUGUCCUCAAAGCCAGCAUCUGGUCACCAGAUGAGUAGCAGAAGUUCUGAAAUGAAUGAAACUGAAGAGACUACUAUAAAACAAAAGGAAUCAGAAAUUGAGGAAUUAGAGACACCGCCAACUGAAUUUUCCCAAUUUAAAUUCAAUGAAAGUGGCGGAAAUGGGAAAACAGUACUUGAAUUUAAGGGCUUGGAACAUGCAGAUUCUUUAGGCUUGAUACUUAUCAGUACAAGAGCAAGAUACCUGAUCAACUGGCUGGUAAAUGCAUUAAUGAGUCUUCAGCAUCCACAUUCUGAAAACGGGAACCCGCUAAUCAGAAUAUAUGGGCCAAAGAUAAAGUUUGACAGAGGACCAGCAGUGGCAUUCAAUAUAUUUGAUUGGAAGGGAGAAAGAAUUGAUCCUGUACUUGUUCAAAAACUUGCCGACAGAAACAACAUUUCUUUAAGCUACGGGUUUUUGCACCACAUUUGGCUUCCAGCCAAGCAUGAAGAGCAGAGGGGACAGCUAUCGGAAAUGGGAGCACAGAACCUUAAUGAAAAGAGAGAAAAACAAAAACCUCAUUCUGGUAUUUCUGCCAUCACAGCUACACUAGGAUUCUUGACAAAUUUUGAAGAUGUUUACAGGCUUUGGGCAUUUGUUUCAAGGUUCUUGGAUGCGGACUUUGUCGAAAAAGAGAGAUGGAGAUACACGGCUCUAAAUCAAAAGACAAUUGAAGUUUAGUUUGCACUUUAUAUUUUCCAUUUGAUAGUAUUAUGAGUAAUUCACCGUUAUUAGUACAUGGGUAUAUUAAGCUAAUAUACCACAGAACUAACAGUGAUUAUAGUAGAUUGUAGAGAGGCACUAAUUUACUUUCAGCUACAUUAGAUUUUGGGAAAAUAAGUCACGAGGUGAAGUGCAUAGAUAAGACCAUUACAGUAUAACAUAAGUAGAAUCCUUUAGUAGAGUUUGUCUAAACCAAAACUAGUAACAUUCUGGUGAAAUGUAACAAUUGCAUAUUUUGAAUCCAA